AUAGUUCAGCUGUCAAGAAACUCAGUUCGAGACAUUUCGCCAGCUGUGCCAUCUCCAAAUCCACAAGGAAUUCACGCCCUGAGGCGUGGCCUAACUUCUCCAAGGCCACCAUACAUGCCAAGUAUCAACUUGGGCCCCGAAUGUAGCUUGUCUCGUUCGCCGAACAAUCCUUCAGCUGCAGAGCCUAUACAUAAUAAAAAUACAAACAGCCUAUCAGUGUUGGCUUCUCCAAAUCUCCAUUUCCCCAGCCUGGCGUUAAUGAGAUCAUUGAUCAUCAUGUCCAUAUCCGGAGUGCGUGCGGACACCCUUACAGUUCGGACACCCUUACAGUUCGGGCACAAUAGCGGUGACUCGCUUGUUGAAAUUGUCGCCGAUGCCAUGUCUCGUCAAAGCUUGUUGGGGUUUGUCGCCGGUCUCCCCGAAAAAAAAAAUGUUCAAGGACUCGUUUGCGGCAAUAUGACGCCGGAAAUGUUGCAUUUGCGGAAACUGCUUGAGAUCUGCAUUACAAGUGACCGGAUUAAGGUCGCGGCACGUUUUGCCUCGUUUUUCAUGCACGGGGAGAUGACCCGCCUUUAUGAACUCAUUGGGGAUAACGGAUAACCCCGGAACCGCAUGUCUGGCACUGCCGUCCAAAGGGUUUAUUGAUUUUAGCCCGGGAAGUUCCUGUGCACCUGAUAGCUACUUUUUAUAUCGGAGCCCAUGUUGUCAGUAUUGGUUCAUAAAAGACCUCCCAGGAUCUCCGGCGUCUGAGCUUGUUGCUCAACACGCCGCUCUUUGGCUCGGAUACUGCUGGGAAUGGUUCUAGCUUCAUCAGUUUGCCUCUAUCUCGCUGGAUGUCCUCCGAAAUGUGCCGGGAAUAUCUCUUUCGUGAAUUCGUAGUUAAAGUUUUGUCACUAUACAUCAGUAGAAAUGAUCACAUUGACGACAUAAUUGGGAAUAAUCCC